AUUUUUCUAAUGCUAGCUGUUUUUAUAGGAGCAUACCGUUUUAGAAUCGCCCGCAAAUCCCUCUGCCGGUUCCAUUGCAGUCGAGUGGGUUUCGCGUAAGUUGUAUUGGCAUGACACAGAAACCAAUCGGAUCGAGGUACUCAGCUACCACCGUCAGCCAUUCCUGCGGAAGGUCAUCAUUUACUCGAAUUUGGACGGCGUGCACGGACUCGUCGUCGACCCACUUCAUAGCUUGCUGUUCUUUGAUAACUUCGUGUCGGAACCGGCGAUUGAGAGGGCAUGGCUGGACGGCAGCCACCGCGAAGUGAUAAUCGGUCGCGACCUUUCGCUUCCUUAUGGUUUGGCGAUCGACUUCCUGCAUUCGAAGAUCUUCUGGGUGGACAGCGAGUUGAGGGAAAUAUUUUCUGCAGACCUCGAUGGCAGUGGACGUCAGAAGAUCGUUUCGCAAUUGCCCGGGCCUUUGGCUCUGGCCCUUCACACGGUACCAGUCAACGUUAAACAUGCAUGA